AUUCCUCUAUCCCAAUAUAAUAAUGAUAAAAAAUACGUGUCAGAUUAGAUUUAUAUACAAAAACAAUAAAAGCAAUUAAUUCUAAAACAAUAAAUGUUCUUCUAUUAAUUGUAUCUACACUAAAUAUAAACCAUCAAAUAAUUUUAAUUCAUUUUAUUGACGUAAGCAAAACAACAAUAAGAGUCAACAAUCACAACAUUAAAAAGAGUUAAACAAAAGCUUUGUUUUUAUUUUAACAAUGACGGAAUUACUAAAUAAAUUACGAAAAUUCGAUGCUUAUCCAAAAACACCCGAAGAUUUUAACAUAAAAACGUAUGGAGGAGCUACAAUUACCAUAAUAAGCUGUAUAAUAAUGUCUUUACUAUUUUACGUGGAAUUAAUGAGUUAUUUAACCCCUAACAUAACAGAAGAAUUAUUUGUGGAUACAUCUCGAAGUCCAAACAUUCAAAUUAACCUUGAUAUAAUUGUUCCUCAAGUUUCUUGUGAUUUUUUAGCUUUAGAUGCAAUGGAUUCUUCUGGGGAACAACACCUCCAAAUUGAUCAUAACAUUUAUAAGCGUAGUUUAGAUUUAGAUGGUAAGCCUAUAACAGAACCUAAAAAAGAAGAUAUCAUAAUAAAAGCGAAAGAUGAAGAAGAAGCGAAAAACGUAUCUUGUGGAAGUUGUUAUGGGGCGUCUUUAGAUCCUAAAAGAUGUUGUAAUACUUGUGAAGAUGUUCGAGAGGCUUAUCGCGAACGCCGUUGGGCAUUCCCUGAUAAUCCAGAAAAUAUCACUCAAUGUAAAGAUGAAAAGUUUAAUGAAAAAAUUAAGAGUGCAUUUCAACAGGGUUGUCAAAUUUAUGGCUCAUUAGUUGUAAAUAGAGUUAGUGGAAGUUUUCAUAUUGCUCCUGGUAAAAGUUUUACAGUUAAUCAUGUACAUGUUCAUGAUGUACAACCCUUUUCAUCCACUUCUUUUAAUACUACACACAAAAUUAAGCACUUAUCCUUCGGGACAAGUAUUGAUAGCGAAACCCAUAAUCCACUAAAAGAUACUUUGGCUAUUGCAGAGGAAGGUGCAACAAUGUUUCAGUAUCACAUCAAAAUCGUACCAACGGCUUACGUUAAAAAAAGCGGAGACAGAAUCUAUUCAAAUCAAUUCUCUGUGACGAGACACAAAAAGGUUGUGUCAAUUUUAAGUGGUGAAUCUGGAAUGCCAGGGGCUUUUUUCCAAUACGAAUUAUCCCCUUUAAUGGUGAAAUUUACCGAAACAGAACGAUCAUUAGGACAUUUUCUUACAAAUGUUUGCGCAAUUAUUGGUGGGGUUUACACCGUGGCGGGACUUAUUGAUUCUUUUUUAUAUCACUCAGUGAAACUUAUUAAACGAAAAAUAGAAUUGGGAAAAUUUCAUUAAACUUUUUUUUUAUUAUUUGACUAUUUUAUAAAGUUUUUAAAAAUGUAUUAAACGCUAUAAGUGAUGAUUUGGCUACAUUUACACUAAAUUCGCCGUUAUCACCGGUUAAUAAUGUGGGAAGUGAAAUAUAAUUGGGUUUUUUUUGGUCGUAUUGAUCUCUUCCUAAUUCUUUUAAAAAAAGAUGUCU